AAAUAUUUAAAAUUCAUCACGCACUCAUUUAAAAUCUCAUUCAAGGUGAUGAUGGAAAUUUCAAAUGCUUUGAGUUCCAUCAUGACUGAAACUGACUUUGAGAAUUUUGGCGCUCUUGAGAGUCAGAAUCGAAUGGAAUCUUUGAAAGAAAUUCGAUUGAUCGUGUGUGGCAUCGUGUUAUUUAACAAGGACACUGGACAAGGAAGCACAAUGGACAUUCCAGAUUUGACAAAAAGUUUAUUGAAGUCUUAUGAGUCGAUUGAAUCGCUGCUGCAAUUUACACUCUGCGACAUAAUGGAUCGAGUCAAUAUUUUAACCACAGCAUUUGAUGGUGCAAUUGAAAUAACAAAAUCAAAUAAAUUAAAUUUAAAUUUUCAAUCAUGUGUUGAGCAAAACGAGAUUGAUGUCAUGAAGGAUUUAUUGAUUCUUAAUCGACAACACGAGAUUUACGUCCGAAAGCUGUUGAGUAAUAUGAAGAGCAUAAAGUCGCGUAUCGAGAGUCAUGUUCAUAGCUAUGGAGAGAAAUUGAUGAAACUUCAUGACAUCGUCCAAUAUCGAUCAGCUGUUCCAAGUGUUCAAAUCUUUCCCAAAUUCAAGGAACUUACAGGAGAAUGGAUGAUACUUCACGAUUUAUCUUACACUUUGUCGCAACAGAGUCAAAUUAAUAAUUAUUUGCAACAUUUGUCAGAGUUGUGUCGUCAGCAGCAGUUCGAUGAUGUUGUUCAUAAGCUUCUUGGAGAGAAUCAAGUGGAAACUGAUCUCACUCGACUUCGGAAACGUCAGCACUUAAAGUUUGAAUCAACAAGUUACGCGACUUCCAACAUUUCAAUUGUUCAACCACCGGAAAGUAAUUCCGAGAUUGGAUAUCUUGGCUUUUGCACCUUUGUAUUAGCGGAGGGCAGAAUAUUAUUGCCCAGUGUUCCAGAAAUGGGAACUAUUUUGUGGAAUCAGAAGACUUAUGGUUUUUACAGCAUUGAAGCUGCCGACCAUUUCAUUGGGAAACCUGAACGUUUCACCAACAAAAUUCAAGAUCUGAUGUUGAAUAACGUUCACUUGAUAUUAUUCUUCGACAUUUAUAACGUCAUAAAAUUGGCGAAAGCUUGUCAGAUUGACGUUGACGCUUACAUGGAAAAUGAAGUUCGCAAUGUGGGGGAAGCGAAAGUCGAACGAGAAAUUCAAACUGAACUUCAUCCGAUUUCAUAUGACAAAGACCAAAGGAACAUUUGGAAUUUAUGGGAUUUACGUAGAAAGGCGAUUGACUUGACAAAUCUCAAAAGAAAGAAGACAACUUCUGCUCAAACAUCGUUAACUUAUUUCAAACUCGAUAUUGGUAAUCAACGAUAUGGAGUUCGUCAAAAAAGCUCGCAAACCGUCACCAACAAAGCGAUGAACACAGAAUAA